UUGUUGAUUAAGGUUUAAAGGAAAAGUCAUUGGGGCCGCACACGCCGUUACUGGUAAUACCCCUCUCUGUCACCCUCGUACCUCCAGCUUCUAGUAUAUUACUCUUCCCACGGGUUUCUCACGCCUUUUACAAUUUACGAGCAUGCACAUCACACAUUAGCAGCAGGUUAGGAAAUGUAGGUUUAAACAUUAUAUUUGCGCAUAAAUUACAUACAAAAUAAAAAAAUCCAAACCCAGUAACGUGCCCUUAAUAAACAUGGCCGCUUAUCACUCUCUGUCUUCUGCUACAAGGCAGAGUUAUGUGCUCUGUGCUAGGUGCUUAUUGGCUUUCCCUUACACACUUGUCAGACAGAUGUGAUUGUCAUAAUCCGUGGCCAAUAGCUGUGCAGGAAUUCCCCACAUGAUCAGCAGGAGGCAGUAGGGCGGGACAUCCUGUGGCUCUGCUGCUGCACUGUAUCUGUGUUGUUGUGGGUCUGCUGCAUACACUGGAUGCUGCUAGAUAAUGUCUUUACCUACUGGGAGAGAAGCUCGUGGAGGCUCUGGAGCUCCAGUGCAGACAUAUAGUCCACAAAAUGUAAGGCCUACACAGUUGCAGCAAUCUUCUGGGCAGUACUGCUAUGAUACACAAAGUACUCCACCGCCCACUUUUUCUAGCCUGCCAAAUACUGGGUACAUGCCUCCAAGGCCUGAUUACAUGUGUUAUCCGCCACCUGUUACUCCACCAACACAAAGUACAGUAAACCAAUGUCUUCCCAGGCCGACCUAUCCUGUACGGCAGAGUUACCCAAUUCCACCUUGUUUUCCUCCCGUCCCCCCUCCAUCUGCUGGCGCACCUACUGCACAAAGCACCUAUCCUUAUAUGGUGCCUCCACUAAUGCCACCACCACCUAUGAUGCCUCCUCCACUGCCUCAUGUGGGCUAUCAGCCAGUAUAUCCAUCUGGAUAUCCACCACAGACCUUCCCUCCACCAAUUCCUCCUCCUCAGCCAGUGCCCAGCUUUAAUAACUACCAGCAAAAUUCAACUUCUUUUCAAGGCAGCAGCCACUAUAGACACACAAGUCAUGGUCAGUACCAGACAGAUAAACCCCAGAGUGAUCGCAGAACGCCAGAUAGGGGAAAACACUAUGAUGCUCACCGUCGCAGAGAAUACAGUCACGGUGACAGGCACCGCUCUGAAAAACAUGGAGAGCGAAGAGAUCGAGGCAGGAGCCCUGAUCGGGCAAGAAGGCAAGAUAGUAGUCGACGUAGAUCAGAGCACGAAUACAGUAGGACACCCUCUCGUGGAAGGACCCCUCCACGGCAUGGAAGUUAUGAGCGUAGCAGGGAAAGGCACAGACAUCGGGAAAGCCGACGAUCACAGAGUUCUGAAAGAAGUUAUCGGAAGAGACCAAAAAGUCCAUCUCCUAGUAGAGAGCGUAAGAAAGUAAGGUGGGAAAAUGAAGACAAAGACAGUACCUCUGAAAGCCUAUCGUCUACCAAGGAAAAAAGUUAUACUAGCUUAAAAGACAAGAAUCUCCUGGACGACAGCCUGUUGGAGAAAAAUGAUGAGGAAGAUGAAGAUUUGCUGAAGCCUGUGUGGGUUCGUUGCACCCAUUCUGAAAGCUACUACUCUAGUGACCCAAUGGAUCAAGUAGGUGAUUCCACAGUGGUCGGGACAAGCCGGCUGCGAGAUUUGUAUGACAAGUUUGAAGAAGAACUUGGCAAGCGUCAAUCGAAAGCUAGAUCGGCCAGGCCAGCAUGGGAGCCACCAAAGACCAAAUUAGAUGAGGAUUUAGCACCGGGAUCCGGUCUUCCGCAGCAGCAGUGUAAGUAUCGGUGUGUAUCCCACCCGGAGGCAGCAGUCACAGGGAGAACUACAUCUCCCAGCAGUCCCCUCACUUCCCAGUGGAAAGAUGGAGAGGAGAUGACUAGUAGCCGUGGAGACCACCGGACCGAAACCUCCAGUGACUCUGAAUGUGAUACAGAUGAUGAUAGCUGCUCCAGCAGCUCAGACUCCGAGGUGUUUGAUGUGAUCGCGGAAAUAAAGAGAAAGAAAGCUCACCCUGACCGUCUUCACGAGGAGCUCUGGUAUAAUGACCCUGGCCAGAUGAAUGAUGGCCCCCUCUGUAAGUGCAGUAUUAAAGCGAAACGGACUGGCAUUCGACACAGCAUUUAUCCUGGAGAGGAGUCGAUUAAAGCCUGCCGUCCAAUGACAAACAAUGCAGGCCGACUUUUCCACUACAGGAUCACAGUGUCUCCACCAACCAAUUUCUUAACCGACCGGCCGACUGUUGUGGAGUAUGAUGAUCAUGAAUAUAUUUUUGAAGGCUUUUCUAUGUUCUCUCAUUCUCCGCUCACAAGUAUUCCCCUGUGCAAAGUAAUCCGGUUUAACAUUGACUACACAAUUCAUUUCAUUGAGGAAAUGAUGCCAGAGCAUUUCUGUGUGAAGGGACUGGAACGAUUCUCUUCCUAUCUGUUCAGGGACAUAUUAGAGCUUCAUGACUGGAAUCUUAUUGGUCCUUCUGCGGAAGAUCAUAGCCCUACAUGUCCUCAGUUUCAUUUUAUGCCUCGUUUUGUGAGAUUUCUGCCAGAUGGAGGUAAAGAAGUCCUUUCCAUGCACCAGGUAUUAUUAUACCUGCUACGAAGUAACAAGGCUUUAGUUCCCGAAGAGGAGAUUGCAAACAUGCUCCAAUGGGAGGAGCUAGAGUGGCAGAAGUAUGCAGAAGAAUGCAAAGGAAUGAUCGUCACCAACCCUGAAAUGAAACCUAGCUCUGUUCGGAUUGACCAGCUUGACAGAGAGCAGUUUAACCCAGAAGUGAUUACUUUUCCCAUUAUAGUCCAUUUUGGUAUAAGACCUGCCCAGCUCAGUUAUGCUGGAGACCCACAGUACCAGAAGCUAUGGAAAAGUUAUGUAAAGCUGCGCCAUCUAUUGGCUAAUAGCCCCAAAGUCAAACAAGCUGAUAAGCAGAAAUUGGUCCAGAGGGAGGAAGCUCUUCAAAAAAUCCGACAGAAGAACACAAUGAGGCGUGAAGUAACAGUAGAACUGAGUAGCCAGGGUUUUUGGAAAACUGGUGUGCGUUCGGAUGUCUGCCAGCAUGCAAUGAUGUUGCCGGUGUUGACCCAUCACAUUCGAUACCACAGGUGCCUGAUGCAUUUAGAUAGACUAAUUGGAUAUGUGUUUAAGGAGCGCUGCUUGCUGCAGUUAGCAAUGACACAUCCAAGCCACCAUUUAAAUUUUGGAAUGAACCCUGAUCAUGCUCGCAACUCUCUUUCAAAUUGUGGAAUAAGACAGCCAAAAUAUGGUGAUCGAAAAGUUCAUUACAUGCACAUGCGGAAAAAAGGAAUAAAUACACUGAUAAACAUUAUGUCUCGUCUGGGGCAAGAAGAUCCAACCCCUUCACGGAUAAAUCACAAUGAACGCCUGGAAUUCUUAGGUGAUGCUGUCGUUGAGUUUUUAACAAGUGUCCACCUGUACUAUUUAUUUCCCAGUCUGGAAGAAGGAGGAUUGGCCACAUAUCGGACAGCUAUAGUGCAAAAUCAACAUCUUGCUAUGCUGGCUAAGAAACUGGAGUUGGAUCGAUUCAUGCUGUAUGCCCAUGGACCGGACCUGUGUAGAGAAUCAGAUUUGCGUCAUGCUAUGGCGAACUGCUUUGAAGCGCUAAUGGGUGCAGUUUAUCUGGAAGGUGGACUAGAAGAAUCCAAGCAGUUAUUUGGUAGAGUGCUCUUUAUCAAUCAGGACCUGCGGGACGUGUGGCUUAAUUAUCCACUACACCCACUUCAACUCCAGGAGUCUAACACUGAUCGACAAUUGAUUGAGACAUCACCGGUUCUGAAGAAGCUGACAAGUUUUGAAGAGGCAAUUGGCGUUAACUUUACACACAUACGGCUUCUGGCUCGAGCUUUCACCUUGAGAACAGUGGGAUUUAACCAUUUGACCUUAGGCCACAACCAGCGGAUGGAAUUCCUGGGUGACUCUAUAAUGCAGCUGGUAGCCUCAGAAUAUUUAUUCAUACAUUUCCCUGAUCAUCACGAGGGCCACUUAACGCUGCUGCGUAGUUCGCUGGUGAACAACAGGACCCAGGCCAAGGUAGCGGAAGAACUGGGUAUGCAGGAGUUUGCCAUCACAAAUGAUAAAACAAAGAGGCCCGUGGCCCUCAGGACCAAGACCUUGGCUGAUCUGCUUGAAUCGUUUAUUGCUGCACUUUAUAUCGAUAAGGACUUGGAAUAUGUUCACACGUUUAUGAAUGUAUGCUUCUUCCCGCGACUGAAGGAGUUUAUUUUAAAUCAAGACUGGAAUGAUCCUAAAUCACAGCUUCAGCAAUGCUGUUUGACUCUAAGAACUGAAGGGAAAGAGCCCGAUAUUCCCCUGUACAAGACUCUUCAGACAGUGGGACCCUCACAUGCCAGAACAUAUACCGUGGCUGUAUAUUUCAAAGGCGAACGAAUUGGUUGUGGUAAAGGACCAAGUAUUCAGCAGGCAGAGAUGGGAGCUGCUAUGGACGCCUUGGAAAAAUAUAACUUCCCCCAGAUGGCUCAUCAGAAGCGUUUUAUCGAACGGAAGUACAGACAGGAAUUGAAAGAAAUGAGGUUGGAGAAGGAACAACAAGAGAACACAGAAGACGUGAGAAAAUAAAGGUUGCCAUUCUUACAGUAUCCAUUUAAUCUCACUGGGGGCAGCUGCCAUACAGAAUCAUCUUGCCUGUUAGCUCGUGUUUACAGACAACACAUGCUGUGUCCAGUUAAAUGGUAGAGAAAUCAUGGACUGGAAAUAUAUAUAUAUUUUAUUUAUUAUCAUUACUUAUUGGUUCUUUUUUUAGAUGUUAAAAUUUUAGAGAAUUUUAGGUCUUUUUUAUAAUUAUUUCCAGAAUGCCUUUUAAUUCUAGAUGUUUGUUUUUUUAUAAAGAAUUGUAUGAAUUAAAAUUGAAAAUUGAUACA